AUGCAAGAAAUGAAAGAGAAGAUGCAAGGCCCUACCGCGACCCUACUGCCAUCCCCACCAUUCCAUAUAGCCAAAGGCAUCAACAACCUCCGCGAUGUAGGAGGCUACGUCGUCUCGCCCACCGUCUCCGUACGGCGCAACUUCAUAUAUCGUUCUGCGCACCUCUCUCAGGCAACGCCCGAAGCCGCAGGGGUCCUCGUCCAGCAGCUUGGAAUUGUAAAGAUCUACGACUUCCGCUCGCAUCCCGAAACCAUCAAGAGCCCCUCACGCGAUAUUCCCGGUGCUGAGCGGCUACAUGUCCCCGUCUUCACGGAUCAGGAUGCGAGCCCCGAAAAGCUGGCGCUGCGAUAUCAGCAUUACGCGUCGGUGGAAGGACCCCGGGCGUUUUUGCAUGCAUACAAGGAGAUACUCAGGAGUGGAGCGGACGGCGCAUAUCGAGUUGUGUUUGAACAUAUCAGAGACCGGCCAACAGAGCCACUGCUAUUCCACUGUACGGGCGGCAAGGAUCGGACGGGAGUUUUCGCGGCGCUGGUGCUGCGUGUUGCGGGAGUGACGGACGAUGGGCUGAUUGGCAAAGAGUACGAGCUUACGGAGAUUGGUAUGGGAUCGCUCAGAGAGCAAUUCGUUCAGCAUCUGCUUAAGCACCCUGCUAUCAAAGAAGAUCCAUCUGCUGCGUACAGGAUGACUUCUGCGAAGUCAGAAGCUAUUGAGGCAACACUGGAGUGGAUGGAUGCUACGUAUGGAGGGAUUGAAGGGUAUAUGAAGACAGCUAUGGGUUUUCAGGACGAAGAUAUUGUGAAAAUAAGGAAUAAUCUAGUUGUUGUGGAAAAGGCGACAUGA